AUGAACUUGAGGGAUUUUGAAAAGGGACCCGAUAGUUCUAGUCAGAUUCUGCCCCAACUUGUGGAUGAUAUAGCUCAAUCUGAACCCGACAGAUUGUUCUGCAUCCAUCCAGUUUUCCAGGAUAGAACUGAUGAGUGGCGGCAUAUCACGUUCAAGGAUCUUUCCAAAGCCAUAAAUCAUGUUGCCUGGUGGAUUGAUGCGAGACUCAGCAUCAAGAAUUUAGGAAAACAGCAAGUCCUCGCAUAUGUAGGAACAAAUGACCUCCGAUACGCGGUAUUUGUCCUGGCAUGUAUGAAGACAGGGAAUAUGGCCUUGCUUGUUUCCACUAGAAACUCAUUGCUAGCUAAUCAGCAUCUCUUCGAAGCUACCAAUUGUUCGGUGUUGGUUGAUGGUAGUGAGAAGGCUCAACUUCGCAAUACAUUGGACGAACUCGCAACUCACCAACCGGAAAGUUUCGAAAGAUGGCCGAUGGCUUCGGUUUGGGAUAUUUUCAAUGACAGCCCGACAGAGCUAUAUCCCUACAGUGAGGAGCUCUCUGAAAUCGAGGAUCAACCCGCCAUGAUACUCCACAGCUCUGGCACCACGGGUCUUCCAAAGCCGGUGAGCUUGACGUAUGGAUUUUGGGCCACAACGGACAAUUUCAGGAGGCUAUCACUGCCGCCUGGACGUGAACAUGGACAGUUGUUUUUGAGGAACGAGGGAAAGUUGCGCUUCUUCAGCUCACCAAUGUUUCAUAUCAUGGGGAUCUUCUGUUUGUCUGAAUGCAUCUAUUACCGCUCGCCAUUUCUUCUCUAUCCUGACCGACCACUCACGGCAGACUCUCUUUUGCAAAUCAUGAGAAGCGAGAAUCCCCCUAAAUGGGGUUUGUUCUCCGCGUACAAUUUGCAAAAUCUAUGUUCAACUGAGACAGGGCGUGUAGCCCUGUCAUGUUUCGAAAUCUUGGGCUACGGGGGAGCCCCAUUGUCACCAUCCACUGGGAAGGUGUUGUCUAAGCUUGUCCGCUUGCAAACCACCCUGGGCAGCACUGAGACAUCAUAUACCCCAACGCUUCUUUGUGAGGAUCCUGAUGACUGGGCAUACCUCGAGUGGAAUCCGGCCUUUGGAGUGCGCAUGGAAGAUGUCGGAGGCGACCUUUGGGAGCUGGUUAUCCCGAGACUAGAGUCGCGUCAACACCAUGGCAUUUUCCAUACCUAUCCUGAGUUAACCGAGUAUCGCACUGGGGACCUCUUUCGCCCUCAUCCAUCCAAGCCCGGUCUGUGGCACUAUGAAGGCCGAGGUGACGACAUCAUCGUUCUAUCUAAUGGCGAAAAGUUUAAUCCCAUCGACGCGGAGAAUACUUUGGAGUCUCAUCCUCUUGUUAACGGUGCCGCUGUCUUUGGAAAAGGUAGAUUCCAAGCUUCAGUCCUCAUUGAACCUCGAUGGGACCUUUUGCCCCAAGAUUGGACACCAGAAUGGUUGCAAAGGUCUAUUUGGCCCACUGUGAACCAAGCAAAUGCUGUCCUCCCUGCCCAUGGGCAGAUUCUGGCGACUCAUGUUGCAUUUACAUCUAGUGACAUGCCAUUCGCUCGUACUGCAAAGGGUUCGAUACGUCGUCGGGAUGUCGCCACGGCUUAUGAAGCAGUGCUUGAUGAAAUUUACUCGCCUGGCCACGAGGAGAACCAGCUGGAAUCUAGCACUCAAGCCCCUGAAAGUUCCAGUCAGGAUGCUAUACAGAAGUGGCUCCAAGCACUUGUAGCCGAGAUAAUCAAAUUGCCCAACACUUUCAGUCUUGAUGAUGACUUGGUCACGCUGGGAAUCGAUUCGCUGCAAGUGAUCCAGUUGGGUCGCUCUGUUCAGGGUGCAUCUAAGCAGAUGCACCCAUCAGGUGAACAGCUCUCCUGGACAAGUGCAAAGAUAUAUGAGUUGAAAACAGUUCGUUCUCUGGCCAACGCCUUUUUCCAGCACGUUGGUGGCGAUGAGAGCACCGACGACAGCGAAGAUGCCCCGUGGACACGUUCGGAACUACUGACGCGUUCGAUCUGGAGUCAGGCUAGAUUGUUCGGGAAAGGUGGGCUAACCGUUGUUCUAACGGGAUCGACUGGAGAGCUGGGUAGCUAUCUGCUCUAUGAGCUACUUCAAGACCCGUCCAUAGCCCAAAUUUACUGCUUCAACCGCUCUUCGGACGCGAUGUCCCGACAAAUUGCCAGUUUCAAGGCGAAACAGCUUUCCGCAUCUUGGCUUUCGGAGCAAUCUCGUGUUCAUUUCUGGCAGACGUCUCUGAGUGACGAGUUCUUCGGGCUGACUCCGCAUGAAUAUCAAUCGGUACAAGGCAGUGUCGAUGCUGUGAUUCAUAACGCCUGGACAGUAAACUUCAACCAGCCGUUGUCUGCCUUUGAAUCGCAUAUCACUGGAGUGCGAAGGCUGUUGAAAUUUACAGAGGAAUCCUCGGCCCAGUUUCACUACAUUUCGUCCAUCUCGACGGUGGGUGGCUGGCGGGCGGAGCAAGGUAUCUCAAUCCCAGAGGCCCUUCAUAGCGAGUCUGUGGCACUCCAUCAAGGUUAUGCAGAGUCCAAAUAUGUGAGUGAGUCUCUUUGUGGAAUAGCCGCUCAGCGCUGUGGCAUCCCGAUCAGUAUCCAUCGCGUUGGCCAGCUGGGUGGUGCAUCGUCGCUAGAUGGCGCCAUGUGGAAUCCCCGGGACUGGUUCCCAUCACUGGUCAAAUCAUCCUUGACCUUGGGCAAAUUGCCGGAUAGCUUGGGGGCAAUGAAUGUAGAUUGGGUGCCAAUCGACACGGCUGCGCAGGCAGUUACUCAGAUUGUCAAAUCCCAGUCUCAAAAACGCAAGCCACAACUUGAGGUUUUCCAUAUCGUAAACCCUCAAGCAACGGAGUGGGAAUCUCUGGUGCAUACUGUUGCCCAGGCAUGUGGUGCGAAGGUCUUGCCGCUGGAAGAAUGGGUGGCCAUUUUGCAAAAUAUUUCACAGGGAACAACUGGCGACGAGAGCCAUGAGAACCUACAGAAUAUCCCGGCUGUUCAGCUGCUGGAUUUCUUUGGGGGUCUGGUCUUGCUCCAAGGUCAAAGGGGCCAAGGACGCCCACGCGUCGAAGUUUCAAAUGCUCAAAGCCAUAGUUCUGCUAUGCGCACCAUGAACCCAAUCGACGAGAGAUUGAUGGACAUUUGGUUACAGCAGUGGAAGAAUCAGUGGAUGUCAGAGUUGCAGAUAUAG